CCGGGCCGGAGGCGCAUGUGGAAAAGCGAUCAGGGCUCUGAGUUCUGCAGAGUCACUUUUCGGCGGCGCCGGGGUGUGUACACAUGUAGCCGGAGAAGACUUUUUCGUGGGAGAAAGGAAAGGCUCAGGCUUCCAGUCCUCCCGGCGGGAGAAGUAUGGCAACGUGUUCAAGACACACUUGUUGGGGCGGCCGCUGAUCCGCGUGACGGGCGCCGAGAACGUGCGCAAGAUCCUCAUGGGCGAGCACCACCUGGUGAGCACCGAGUGGCCGCGCAGCACGCGCAUGCUGCUGGGCCCCAACACCGUGGCCAACUCCAUCGGCGACAUCCACCGCAACAAGCGCAAGGUGUUCUCCAAGAUCUUCAGCCACGAGGCGCUGGAGAGCUACCUGCCGAAGAUCCAGCUGGUGAUCCAGGACACGCUGCGCGCCUGGAGCAGCCACCCCGAGGCCAUCAACGUGUACCAGGAGGCCCAGAAGCUCACCUUCCGCAUGGCCAUCCGCGUCCUGCUGGGCUUCAGCAUCCCCGAGGAGGACCUCGGCCACCUCUUCGAGGUCUACCAGCAGUUCGUGGAGAACGUCUUCUCCCUGCCCGUCGACCUGCCCUUCAGCGGCUACCGGCGGGGCAUCCAGGCACGCCAGACCCUCCAGAAGGGCCUGGAAAAGGCGAUCCGGGAGAAGCUGCAGUGCACGCAGGGCAAGGACUACUCGGACGCGCUGGACAUCCUCAUCGAGAGCAGCAAGGAGCACGGGAAGGAGAUGACCAUGCAGGAGCUGAAGGAUGGGACCCUGGAGCUGAUCUUCGCCGCCUACGCCACCACGGCCAGCGCCAGCACGUCGCUCAUCAUGCAGCUGCUGAAGCACCCAGCCGUGCUGGAGAAGCUGCGGGAGGAGCUGCGGGCACAUGGCAUCCUGCACAGCGGCGGCUGCCCCUGCGAGGGCACGCUGCGCCUGGACACCCUCAGCGGCCUGCACUACCUGGACUGCGUCAUCAAGGAGGUCAUGCGCCUCUUCACGCCCAUCUCCGGCGGCUACCGCACCGUGCUGCAGACCUUCGAGCUCGACGGUUUCCAGAUCCCCAAAGGGUGGAGCGUCAUGUACAGCAUCCGGGACACUCACGACACGGCGCCCGUGUUCAAAGACGUGAACGUGUUCGACCCGGACCGCUUCGGCCAGGCGCGGAGCGAGGACAAGGACGGCCGCUUCCACUACCUCCCGUUCGGCGGCGGCGUGCGGACCUGCCUGGGCAAGCACCUGGCCAAGCUGUUCCUGAAGGUGCUGGCGGUGGAGCUGGCCAGCACCAGCCGCUUCGAGCUGGCCACGCGGACCUUCCCCCGCAUCACCCUGGUCCCCGUCCUGCACCCCGUGGACGGCCUCAGCGUCAAGUUCUUUGGCCUGGACUCGAACCAGAACAAGAUCCUGCCCGAGACGGAGGCCAUGCUCAGCGCCACGGUCUAGGGGGGGGCCUGGCCCACACCCCCGCCUCGGCCCGGCCGGGCCCUGGGGCGGGAGGCCCCGGAAGAGGGUACAAACCUGUGUGUGGGAGGGGGCUGCCCCCGGGGGUGGGGGGAAGGGGAGCAGCCCCCGUCCCUGGCCCUCCUGGUUUCUCUCCCUGGCAAGCCCUCCCCAAAGCCAAAAGGGCCCUGUCCUUUGGGGGGAUGGGGCCCCCCUCCUGGCUCCUGCUUCUCCCAGUCUCUCUCCAGUUCCCACCAGCUUGGCUCCUGGGAUGGGGCCUGGCCGGGGGCUCCGCAUGCCCGUUACAGUGUUAAAUGCCAGUCGCCUCACGCUGCAGCAUUUGCUUGUCGUGUUCCCAGCGGACCCCUCCCUUCCCAUUUCAUUUGGACCCUAUUGGUCUGAGGUCACGUGGUCAACAUGGGGGGGCAGGAGGAAGAGUCGGGCCCUUCGGCACCCAGCCCCCUCCUGCCUCUACUCAGACUCAGGCACCUGCCCAGCCCGGUGUUCGCCUAGAAUGCCCCCCUCCCCCCCUUGCCUGUUGGGACAUUUGGAAUUACCUAUUGCUGCUACAUUUUUCUUUCCUCUGAGAUUGGGGCAAAAGAGCUCCAGGCUCCAUCCUCCCAGCAUCCUCUCUGGUGGCCCGGGGCGUGCACACAGCGAUGACAUCCCCACCUCCCUGCUCCACUGUUACCCCUGCCAAGGCCCAUAUUUAUUCACCGAUCUAACCGAAUCCCGGCAUUCCUGGGGACUGGGCUUGCACCUCCUCCACCCCCAGCCUCCAUCCCAGCUGCCCGGGGACCUAUCAGCCCUCUCUGGCUGAGCUUCAGCAUCCUCCCCCCGCUCCAGGCCUUCUGUGGGUUCAACCUCAGCUGCACUUCUGGGGUGCAACCCAGCACCUCUGCCUUUGUCCCCCAGCUGAAGAUGAGGAAAUGGCCCACUGCCUCCUCCCCAACUCUGUCAGCAGCACGGGGAUUUGGGGGUGCACCAUCUCCCACACAGUCACUGUCCGCCCGGGUGGGGUGCCCCCCACGAGACCAGUGCGUAUGGGGAAGGAUACGGGUUCUUUCUCUGACAGGGAGCGAGGGCCUCCGUUGUCCCUCCCUUCACCUGCCCCCUUCAGCCUCGGAGAGGUGUCCUCGAAGUCCCUGCCCGCCUCUGUGCCACUGUCUGCUCAGCCCAGCUCGGGGAUGAGGGACGAGAUGAAGGCAGGGGGAGGUGAGCUAGAAGGCGGCCUUCCUCAGUGGUCCUGGGGAGGCUGUGGGGAGAGCUGGGGAGAGCAUGUGUGGUUUGUCAGACGUGAUUUGCGUGGAAAUGGGCCAGUUGGGGGUGACUGGGGGGAAGAGGAGGAGCUGCUGCCACCAGCAUGUUGAGUCGGCAGUUUGGAUGGUGUGGGGCCAUUGGUGAGUCUUUGCGAGUUUGUCUGGAUUUGGAUCUGUUUUCGCUGUCUGUGUUUCUCCACUGGCUUUUGAUGCCAUAAGGGCCACGAGUCCUCUCUACAGGAAAACCAGCUCACGGAGGGAGGCGCGGGAGGUCGAUGCGUCUGCCUCUCGAAGAGGUGACCACUGACCACGCAGUGGCCUCCUCUGAGCUGCUGAGGGGGCAGAUGGCACUCCCACUCUGGACCCCACUCAGAACCAGCCACCUGUCCUCAGUUGUUUCAUUUGGUUUCUCUCUUUCCACUAUUAAACAAUAGUGUGGAACAGAUUUGAUUGGCAGAAAAAUAGACAUGCAAAAAAAAUUAGUAAAAUCUCUCAGUUUCUCUGCAUUCUGAAAAACAGGCAAACGUGUGUCAAGACUCAUCAACACCGGCGUUGGGUGAAAGCCUGGCAUCUGGAACUCCCUGCGCCUUCACGCUGACCCAGCUCGCCCUGCCCAGCCGUGCUUGGGCGAAUAGCUAGGGAUGCACAGGGAAGCCCACUGGGCAUGGCUCUGGAGGGGGUGGGAGGCUGGGGGGCCCUGGGAGGCCUUCGUGGACCUCCCAUUUGGGGUGCCCGGCUGGAGAGGGGCAGAGAGAGGGCUGAGGAGGGUCCUUGCGAGGAGGAAAGAUGGAUCAUUUGCCCUGCUGGGUCUCAGAGAUAACCAGAGAGAGGAAGAAAGCUCUUGACUGGCUGAGCGAGGGGUUCCCGUGUCGAAGUCUGUCCAUCUCUCCUCUGUGCGUCUGCCGGUGUCUGUGUGUCUGUGUGUAGGUUUUCUAGACGUAGCAUAGCCGAGUGAUGUGGUCUCACUCACCGUUCCUAACGAUCGUAACUUGACGUGUAAAAGACAGAACCCCACACCACGUGUCCUGCCACGGGCUUGCAGAUUGAAGCACUUUCGAUGUUGGGCGCUGGCGUUUCCGCUCUGGGCACCAUCCCGCCCCUGCCCAGAGCGCUAUGAUAUUAUUUUAUACACAAAACUUUUUUUUUUUUCAUAAAUGUUAUAAUUUUGUGUCCGUCUUUAUAAACUAUUAUAAGUACUAUUUUUGUUAUAAUUCAAAAUAGAUAUUUAGUAUAAAGUUUUUUGCUGUUAAAUAUUUGUUAUUUAGUAAAAUAUGAAUUUUUCUCUAUUGUAAACAAUGGUUCAAAAAUAUUAAUAUGUUUUUAUCACAGUUGUUUUAAUAUUGAAAAAAGCACUUGUGUGUUCUGUUUGGAUAUGAAACUGGUGCCGUGUGUUUUUUCUUUGCUGUCACGUGGUCUUUAAUCUGUAUAUAAUAUCCCAUGUUGCAUAUUAAAAAAGAAAUGAAUGUUGUGCAUUUUGUGAUUUUGAAAGUACUCGAUGUGGCUCUUUCAUAGGCUUCCAUAAUAAACCGUGGGGACUCACCUC